AUGAUAAUAACGGCAAAAGUAGUAGCCAUUUGUUUGGGCAUAUCCCUUACUGCCUUCACGGUGUCCACAAUUGUGUUGGCUGUUCAGAAGGCGAAUCUGCAGGCUGAGCUAGACGAUGUACGCGAUAUAUUGGAUCAGUUGGAAAACACUACUACCGCUACGGCUGGUACGACCACUGUAACUGCUGGCACUACCACCACUAUUGCGACCACUGCUACAGCGCCAACAGUUGCCACAUCCACAACAACUACAGCGCCAACAGUUGCCACAUCCACAACAACCACUGCGCUGCCGGAGACUACAACACCAACACCAGAAGUUGUGAGUUACCGGCUUCCCGACAGCAUUUACCCAAUCAGCUAUGAUCUUUAUCUACAUCCUGAAAUUGAUACGGGUAACUUUACUGGCCAAAUAUUGAUUCGUGUGAACACGACGAGAGCCAUCAACCAAAUUGUGCUGCAUGCCAGCAAACUGACUAUAAAUAAUGUCUAUCUAACCGGUACCAAUAAUCCAACUUUGUUUGUGAAGAACUUCUACCUCGAUACGGUACGUGAGUUCUUGGUGGUGGAGUUGAGUGAGGAAUUACCAGCAGCGCGGGCUUUUAAUGUUGGCAUAUUGUUCGAGGGUAAUAUGGAUGGGCAAAUUGUGGGGCUUUACAGUUCAUCGUACACCAAAGUGGAUGGUAGCAAGAAAGUUAUUGCCACCUCUAAGUUUGAGCCGACUUAUGCGCGUCAGGCUUUCCCCUGUUUCGAUGAGCCAGCCAUGAAAGCAACUUUCUUAAUCACUUUAGUGUAUCCCAAGGAAGGUGAUUACCAUGCGCUCUCCAAUAUGGAUAUUUCGCGCGAGUCUAAUCAAGGUAACUACGUAGAGGUCUUCUUCAAUCAGAGCGUGCCGAUGAGCACUUACUUGGCCUGUUUUAUUGUUUCGGACUUUGCAAACAAAUCGACUACGAUCAAUACAAAUGGAAUUGGUGAACCUUUUACUUUGCGCGCUUUUGCGACUCCAGAACAGCUUGAUAAAGUCGAUUUUUCGCUGGAAGUUGGCAAAGGAGUUUUAGAAUAUUACAUACAGUAUUUCCAAAUCGAGUAUCCGUUGCCUAAAAUGGAUAUGGCCGCCAUACCGGAUUUUGUGUCUGGUGCAAUGGAACAUUGGGGCCUUGUGACAUACCGAGAAACUGCUCUGCUCUAUGAUGAAAAUGAAAGUUCAACGGCGAACAAACAAAGUGUGGCACUAGUAAUUGCUCACGAAUUUGCACACAUGUGGUUUGGAAAUUUGGUGACAAUGGACUGGUGGAAUGAUUUAUGGCUCAAUGAAGGCUUUGCUAGAUAUAUUGAAAACAAAGGCGUAAACGCUAUCUUUCCAGCAUGGAAUAUGCUUGACCAAUUCAUUGUAACCCGUUUACACCCCGUGCUCACACUCGAUGCCACUUUAGGCUCACAUCCAAUCAUACAGACUGUAGAGAGUCCCGCUCAGAUAACGGAAAUAUUUGAUACAAUUACUUAUGGCAAAGGUGGUUCUUUGAUACGCAUGUUGGAGGACUUCAUUGGUGCUGAGAAUUUUCAAACGGCCGUCACAAAUUACUUAAAUGAGUUCAAGUUCAGUAAUGCUGUGACUGAAGACUUUGUAAACGAGAUUGAAAAAUUGAAUUUGGGCAUUGAUGUGAAAUCGAUAUUGAAUACAUGGACCAUGCAAAUGGGUUUCCCUGUUGUUGACGUUGAGCAGCUAACAACGACGCAGUAUCGUCUAACCCAACGGCGCUUCUUUUCGAAUCCUGAAGACUAUUCUGGCAUAUACGAUGAUUCGCCGUACAAUUAUACCUGGUCCAUUCCAAUUACUUAUAAAACAAGUUCCUCUGCGGAAAUUCAAAGAGCAUGGUUCUUAUAUAACGAAACGGAACUUCUUAUUAACCUCGAUAACCCAGUGCAAUGGAUCAAAUUCAACUACGAUCAAAUUGGUUUAUAUCGAGUAAAUUAUCCCGAUGAGCUGUGGCAAAAUUUGGCGGAUGAACUUACAGACCCCGAGACAUUUAGCGUUGGCGAUCGCGCUAGUCUUCUAAAUGAUGCCUUCUCAUUGGCCGAUGCCACGCAACUUUCCUACGAUAUAGCACUCGAUAUGACUGCUUAUUUGUCCAAAGAGGCGGACUAUGUGCCCUGGAGUGUGGCAGCCACAAAAUUGACUACACUCAAGCGCUCGUUAAUGUUCACGGAAGCGUAUGUGAAUUACAAGAAAUAUGCGCUUGCGUUAAUACAGCCAAUUUAUGAGCAGGUGACAUGGACGGUCGGUACGGAUCAUUUGGAAAACCGCUUGCGUCAAACUAUACUCAGCGCCGCCUGUUCGCUUGGUUUAGAAUCUUGUUUAGAAGAGGCUGCCACACGCUUCACAGCAUGGCUUGCUGAGCCAACCACACGCCCACAUGCAGAUAUACGUGAAACCAUCUACUAUUACGGCAUGUCAGCGAUUGGCAAUGCGGAUGCAUGGCAAGCUAUGUGGCAACUUUUUAUUGCCGAAACGGAUGCUAACGAAAAAUCGAAAUUGAUGUACGGCCUUGCCGCAGUGCAAGUCCCAUGGAUUUUGAGCAAUUAUGUGAAUCUCGCUUGGUCCGAGGAAAAUGUGCGCAGUCAAGACUACUUCACAUGUCUGGGAUAUAUAUCCGCCAAUCCUGUAGGUGAAUCCAUCGUCUGGGAUUAUGUGCGCGAACAAUGGCCACAAUUGGUUGAACGCUUUGGCAUCAACGAACGCACUUUAGGCAACUUGAUUCCGACAAUCACUGCACGCUUCGACAAGCAAACCAAAUUGGAGGAAAUGGAGCAAUUCUUUGCUAAAUAUCCAGAGGCUGGUGCUGGUGCAGCCGCACGUGUACGCGCUUUGGAGGCAGUAAAGAACAAUAUUGUGUGGCUAUCGAAUAAUAAAAAUAGGAUUGGCGCAUGGUUGGAGGAGAACAGCGUUUGA